AUGCAGGAGAACAUCUCCACGGCUCCUCGCCGAGGACGUCCAAUCAGCGUCCGUGAAUAUCUCCAAACAAAACAAGGCCAACGCUGGUUGACAGACAUGAAAAGCCAUAAGACCAGACCCAAUGGUAGUAAGACCCUUAGCCCCCUUGGGGACGUCGGAACAGCAUGGGAUGUUAUCGCAUGGGUCCAGAGAAUUGCUGGAGGUGGCAGCAAGAAUGUCACUCCCAAGGAUCUCGCUAAACUAGGCGACGAAAUUAUUCGUGCAAUCAGAGAAUCGCAGGAACAAAUGCAGGGUCAGAUUGGCGAGAUUGGAGAUACGGUCCGUAAAUUGCCUGGUCAAAUUGACGACUUGGAAAAUCUGGUCAAAGAAAUGAGAGAAGCUGAAGAGUCGGGAGAUAAAAAACGUCAUGAGCAGAUUGUGCGACAACUCGAUAUUAUUCUUGAUGAACAGAGAAGGAACACGCUUCGAAUCAUCGACAACAUCAAUGUCGUUGGAGAGAAUGUGACGAGAAUGUGGAACGAUAUGAAUGAACAGUUUGGAGAGAUGAUGAAACAGCUUUCACAAAUUACCAACAUGCUCGUCGAUAUUGCUGGACAAAUAAGUGAGAUCCUCGCGGCAGUCCAGAAAGCAGUUGAAGGUAUUGAGGAGAUCAAGAAAAAGGUUGACUUUACCACAAUUAUUGGCAUGAUCAACGAACACCAAUCCCGUAUCAUGUAUGCCAUUGAUAUCGCGUACGACAUUACCAUCACUUCAAUUGAAAACCCUUCCUCUUCCUCUGACGAGGAUCCCGAAGAACCAUCGACCAUACAAGUCAAUACGGAGGAGCUCCUCGAAUGGGCUCGAAAGACGGUUGAUCUAACAAAUGGACUUCCCUACCACCUCUAUUGCUUCCAUCGCGUGUUGAUUGGAGAUAAUCUUUUGGGGAAAUCAUUCUUUGCGAGCUAUUUCGAGCUUCUGAUACCAUAUAGAGAAACUUUCGGCCCUACUGUAGCACGAAUUGUUACUAAUCUUGUUGCUUUCCAAGCGCAAGGCUUUGGUGUCCUUGACAAGGCCCGACAGAUUCUGGAGCUACCCGCCCUGGACUACAGCCAGACAAUCAAAUCACGAGUGGAGGAGCAGCUUCGUAGUGCAACUUUUCAGCUCGAAGAAAAAUUUCAAUUCGACGAGCUGGACCUCAUUCGUUAUGACGGACGUCCCGAGAUUGUUUCAAUCUCGACCGAAUAUAAAGUACAUUCCAAUGAAGAAUGCCUAUAUUGGACGGUCACAGACAAUUCAAGUGCGCUUUCCACCGUGGAUCUCUCGACCAAUACAACUUGCGAAUUCGGCCUCAUAGUACCUGGUCAACCGAAACUCAGAGGUAUCUUAAGCGUAAAAUUAUAUAUGCCCGGAAAUGAAGACCCUUUCGAUUUCGGAUGGGUUUGGCCAUUUCAACGUGACGGUGAUACUUCUUCUUUUGACGCUAAGGCGAUCAAAAUUGAUCCCCAAUUUGCUAUAGUCGGGCUUCAAUUUGUCCCAGAUAAGGGUGAGCAGAUAGGUAGAAUAGUACCAAUGGUCUCGCCUGUUGAUGAAGUCACAGGCCGUACGAGGUGGCAUGGAGUGGGAGGAGAAAUAUAUCUAGCUCAGCAGAGUCCCGAACCAGCAACAAUGCAAGGUCAUGCACUUGGUGAUGGUCUUGGGAUUUCAGGGUACAUUAUGGAUGAGGCUUGGAGGGGAGGGCGAAUGACAGGCUUGAAGAUGGUUCAUUGGAAGAAUGAUGGUGGUGAGACAGAACGCGUGUUUUUAUCGUCUUUGAGCACGAGGUGGGAGGGGGAUACGUGGCUGCCAUCGCAAAUUGUGCCAAGUGCGGAGGUUACUUACACUCCGGUUACUCUUCCCAUUCCAAGAGAGCAGCGUUUGACCGCGAAGUUUGUGCAGCGGACAAUUUCUGCGCAGCCUACCGCGAAGGUAUACGACUAGGAUGUGAGGUUAUAAUGGUAGAGUUCGGGUUCUUGGCCAGUAUGGUUUCUGUUCUAUUCGCUUUCGAAACAAAUUGAUGUGUUUUCCUUUGAAGAAGUUCUGCAGUAUAUCUAUAGCACUAAAUGAAAGCCUCCAUUCUUUAUUUCUGUAUUUGAUACCACCUGUCUGGCCGUUUACUAUCACCUGGACUCAAACUUCUCGAGGAGAAAUUUUGUGCGGUCGAAUCCUUCUG